AUGGAGUCACCAGACACGAGCCCCAACGUGCUGGGGCACCAAGAGCACGAUCCGGAUGAGGCGGCGUCAAACCGACCCGCCACAUCUCUGGCCAAUCCAGAGGACGUCCCGAACGCUUUGCCUCCCGGCAAGGUCAAGUUUCUGGCCUUCUUCCUGGUCUUCCUUCUGUGGGUUGGAGGUUGGGGAGCCCUGGACCAAGUCGUGACGCUGAUCAGCAAAGAUGACGAUGUGAAGAGCCUGGUGCUGUACUGUGUGGUGACGGCUUUUGGCUACUUCGGCCUCCGCUGCCUGGCUCGGAAAUACCGCGGCUAUGCUCUUCUGGAUGAACUGUGA